AUGCAAACCGAUUUGGACAAGUCGAUUGAGAAAUUAAAGAACGGAGAGCUGUUGAAGGAGAAGGACGUUAAGCAAUUGUGUGCCAAAAUAAGGGAAAUCUUCAUCGAGGAAGGAAAUGUCCAAAGAAUUGAUCCUCCAGUUAUUGUGGUAGGAGAUAUUCACGGAUAAUUAUAUGAUCUCUUUGAGAUUUUCAAACAAUCAGGAGAAGUCGGAGACCAAAAUUACCUGUUCUUGGGGGAUUACGUUAACAGAGGAUUCCACAGUAUAGAAUCGAUUUGUCUGCUGUAUGCAUUGAAAAUCAAGAAUCCAGACAAAAUUACACUACUCAGAGGUAAUCACGAAUCUCGAAUUCUUACUCAAACAUUUGGAUUGUACGAUGAAGCCAUGAGGAAAUAUGGUUCCUUAAACAUUUGGCGAUAUUUAACUGAAUCAUUUGAUUACAUGCCAUUAUCAGCAUUGAUUGAUGAGAAAGUGUGGUGUGUACAUGGUGGAAUAGCCUAAGAUGCUAAGUUAUUAGAUGAUGUAAGAGCACUAAACAGAUUGUCAGAGAUCCCUGAUAAUGGAGAGAUGUGUGAAUUACUUUGGAAUGACCCAAAUGAAUAGGAGUUAAAAGGGUUUGGUGAAAGCAAACGAGGAGUGGGUAAGGAAUUCGGUUAGGAUGUCUUUGCUUAAUUCUUGUAAACCAACAAUUUGAGUUGUGUUCUUAGAGCACAUCAAGUGAUCAUGGAAGGACAAUCUUCUCUGCUCCUAAUUAUUGUUAUAGGUGUGGUAAUUCAGGGUGCUGUAUGUGAAGUCAGUGAUAAAUUGGAGAUGAGAGCUAAAAUAUUUUAAGCAAGUGAAAAUCAGAUGAAAAAUGCUUAAACCAAGAUUUGGAAUCAGAAUCCAGAUUAUUUUUUAUGAAUUCUGAAUUCUAUCAAUUAAUAUACAAUAAUCAUUAUG